UGCAAACAUGGCGGACGCUGAGAGAAGUUUAGGCGAUGGUUCGGGAUAUUCUGCGAUUAAUUUUCAGUUUUAGUUGUUUUCCUAUGAACGACAACAACCAAUGACUCGUGUAUCUACUGGUGUGCUUCUUCUCGCUUGAUUUGAUCGAUGUUACUCUCGUCGUGAACUGAAGCAACACAUUCUAUCAACUUUCUUAUGCCGGUAAACGCACUGGAAUCUGCUCGACAAAAUCAGACUGACAGCACAUGAAAACUCCUCAACUCUAAUAUGUACUCUUAUUAAAUAACUUCUUACAAGUUUAAAAUCUGCACAUGUAGUUAACGCCUCAGUUUCAGUCAUGACCUUGAGUUGAACAGUUUGGCUCAUUCAGCAGUAACAGGUGGAUAUUUACAAUCCAGUGUUUCAUUGUAGAUGCUACUCUAACGUUUGCACGAUAAUGUCUCUAGAAACGGUUUCGUUUUAGAUUUACCUCACAACCACCCUACAACAUGCUGUUCUUACAUCCUUUUUGCUGAAUCGUUAUGUAGGGAAUAAUUGUUCCUGUUGUGACGUAUACAUUACGUCACUCGCGACGUUGAGUCUGCAAGUGUUUCUGCGAGUUUUAACUCUGCAACCAUGUGCAAACUGCUCAAGUAUUGCUUGAGCCACUUUCUCCACGCUGCGAUGACCCGACUGGACGAAGUCAACGAAGGGGUCAACAUGUGGUCGUCCAUUCGGUACCUCGGUUACCUGUCUAGCUUAAACUCCCUGGUGGCUAUUUACCUGGCGUUUUAUGUCCAAUGGGAGAAAAGCGAUGCCACUAUUAUCUUGGUCAUUUUAAUUUUGGGUCUCUUCGUUCUUGGGAUAGCCAGCAUUCUCCAUUAUUACUUCGGCAUGGAGAGCGUCAGCCUAUUUCUGCUGCAUCUGUGGUUUGGUUUCCUUCUGGGUUUGCUGUGCUUCAUCAACGUCCCGUCCAAAGAGCUCAAUGUUAAAGAGCAGGUGGCCAACUAUAUGUUAAUAGCGAGCAUCGUGAUACGAUUCCUAUGGGCUUUGGUUGGAAGAAUGUGCGGUUAUACCCGACAUCAACCCGCUUUUCUUACCUCAAGGGAGGCUUUGGAGCUCACAGGCUUCAUUGUGGCCCGCACAACCCUGGUUGGGGAUAAAUCCUUAAGCCUUGUGGUUCUGACACUGGCUUUGGGUGCUCUAAUCGUGGAUUUGCGGAUGAAGUCCUUCUUGGCCGUCGGAAACCUGGUUUUCUUCUCGUUUGUUGCUGCGUUCUUCUUCCAGGAGUCUUUAGGAGUGUCCACCAACCCCUUCGCCUUGUCUUGCUUCUUCAGCCGCCUUGUCUGUGAACCAUUUUUGGAUAUCUACUUCAGCGGACUUUCGGUCACCGAACGCUGGUCGCCGCUCCUGCUGAGAAGAGGCCUGUGGAGACGCUUGACGCUUCUUCCUCUGGUUGUGAUAGAGGUGAUGUUUUUGGUCAUGGCUUCUCUGAAGAUGACAGAUCUGAAUCAGUGGUAUCUGCUCAUCCCGGGUCUUUCAGGAUCUGCUAUUUUCUGGAUCAUCUGCCACCUGGUUUUUCUCGUCACGCUGUGGGGGUUUCACAGCAAGCUGAGUGACUGUCAGAGGAUGUGCAUGAUGCACACGUCCGAGGUUGGAGAGCUGGACAGGAUCAUGGCAUCUAAGGGGAUGCGGCACUUCUGUCUCAUAUCGAAGCGCCUGGUGCUCUUCAGCCUGAUGUCCACCAUCAUACUCGGGGCUCUCGGUUGGCAGUCGUCCAACAGUCUGUUUAUUACCUUGUUUCUGUUGGUGCUGCCUAUCGAGUCACUAGCCCACGGUCUCUUCCACGAGCUGGGAAACAGCCUCGGAGGAACCUGUGUCGGCUACGCUGUGGUGAUUCCUACCAACUAUUGCAGCCCAGAUGGUCAGCCCACCCUCCUGCCCCCGGCUCAUGUGCAGGAGCUCAACUUGCGUUCCACAGGGAUGCUUAACAAUGUGCAGCGCUUCUUCUCUCAUCAUAUGAUCGAGACCUACGGUUGUGAUUACUCCACGAGCGGCUUGAGUCUGGAAGCCCUGCGAGCCAAGCUCCGUGUAUUCAUGGAGGCCCACACGGCUGACGGCCCACGACACGACACCUACGUGCUCUAUUACAGCGGACACACCCACCGCAGUGGAGAAUGGGCUCUAGCAGGUGGAGACGUAUUACGUCUAGAUGAGAUUGUACAGCUCUGGAGAGAAAAGAACGCUGGAUUCUGUUCUCGUCUCAUCAUUAUUCUCGACACUGACAACUCACUCCCCUGGGUAAAGGAAGUGCAGAAAAUCGAGGGACUUCAUGUAGCGGUUCAAGGAGCAGUGCUCUCUAGUCCCACAGACCCAGAGGUCCAGGAUGUGCCUCAGCUCGGGGACUUCACCUGUCAAUGGGUUGAUUUUAACUGCAACCCUGACAGCAUAGUUCGGUGGUCUGAGCGUGGGCGUCCCGUCCAAGCGGCCUACGGCAUAUCCAGACUCUGGAGCGACUACACGCUUCACCUGCCUACUGAAAGCGACGUCACCAGGCACUGGAGACUCUACUUCCCACGUCUGACUUACCCUGUGGUUCAGCUCGCCCACUGGUGCGGUGGGUUGAACCUCUUUUGGGUUUGCGGAUAUUGCGUUCGGCUGCUCCGAAGGAUCAAACUCACGUGGUUCCCACCUGCGGUGCUGGAUAUGGGCCAAGGUUUCAAACUGGUUAGAUCAUAGAAUAGAACCUAAAGUGUGACGAUACUGUAAGCAGCUGCCGGUCGCAGCGGGUCUGAGCUGUAUCUGGACAUGGUUAGGUGACGCUCACCUACGGCAGCUUUGAGUUGUAUUGACCAGCACAGCAGUUUAUAAAAUCUCAGGUGUGAAAAGAUUCCAUGUGUGUGUUUAUGAUGGAAAAAAAUAGCUAAAAAUUGGCCAGCUUCUAUAUAAGAAUGUCAUAUUGGUGUGCAAACAAAUUCAUUAUUCACUAAACCAAUCAACAUUUCUGGGUUAUAGAUUACCUCUAAAUCAAAAGAUAGAUGAACAUCAGAUAUUAUAUUUUGCAUUUAAAAAUUAUUUUAAUGACAAUUAAAUAUUUCUUGUUAUUAUCGUAAUGAAAAGUUGUCAUUAUUGUAAUUUGAAAAAAAAAAAAAUUUAAAAUUACAUUAUCUUAUUACAAUUCUUUUUUUGUAAAAGAAAAUCAUUACUGCAGUGCAAAUUUUUUAAUGUAUUUUUUUUAAAUACAUUUUUAUAUUAUAUACAAUUAUUAUAGUAAAGAAUCCCUGAGAUUGCAUAACGAAAAUGUCAUUACAUUAGGGGUCGACCGAUAUGUGUUUUUCAGGGCUGAUACCGAUUAUUACAGAUCAAGUAAACCUAUAACUAAUAUUUUGAACCGAUAUAUAACAGAUCAAGUAGACUGUUUAUCGAUAUUCUGAACUGAUAUAUAUGUGUAAAAAUGAAAAUGAAUGUCAAAAUUUAAAAAUUAUGUGUUUUUCAAGGCCGAAAAGAUACUGAUUAUAACAGAUCAAUAAGCAAUAUUUUGAACCAAUAUGUGUAAAAAUGAAAAUGAAGAAAUGAAGAAAUGAUUUGUGUUUUUUAGGGGCCAUGCGAUACCGAUUACAGAUCAAGCAGACUGAUAACCGGUAUUCUGAACCGAUAUAUAUGUGUAAAAAUGAAAAUUGUCAAAAUUAAGAAAUGAUGUGCUUUUCACGGCCGAUGUGAUACAGAUUAUAACAGAUCAAUUAGACCAAUAACCAAUAUUUUGAACCAAUAUAUAUGCGUAAAAAAGAAAAUUAAUGUCACAAUUAAGAAAUUAUAUGUGUUUUUUAUGGCUGAUGUGAUACCGAUUAUAACAGAUCAAGUAGACCGAUAACCGAUAUUCUGAACUGAUAUAUAUGUGUGAAAAUGAAAAUUAAUGUCAAAAUUAAAAAAAUGAUUUGUGUGUUUCAGGGCCAAUGCGCUACCAAUUAUUACAGAUCAAGUAGACCGACAAAUUAUAUUUUGAAUGAUAUAUAUGUCUAGUGUAAAAACAUAAAUUAAUGUCAAAAGUAAGAAAUACACGUUUUUUUAGGGCCGAUGCAAUACCGAUUAUUACAGAUCAAAUAGUCUGAUAACCAAUAUUUUGAACCGAUAUAUAUGUCUGGUGUAAAAAUGAAAAUGAAUGUCAAAAUUAAGAACAACAAGGGCUCUGACAAAACAUUCUUUAAAUGCUUUUAAAUUAAUUUAUUUGCAAAUUGGUUUUGAAUAUGACAGAUACUGAUAACCAUAGAAAUGCUUAAUAUCGGUGCCGAUAAUCGACCAGGGUGAUAAUUGGUGACCCCUAAUUACCAUAAUGUGAAAGUUUUGGUUGAUUUAAAAUUUAUGUUAUUUUUAUAUUAAUUAUAUUAUUAUUGUUUUAUUAUACAACAUUUACAGGAUUUUUGUGUAUAACACUAAAAAAUAUUCCUCUGGUUACAUAAUGAAAAAUAUCUACCAUAAUGCAAAAUAUUUCUUGACUUAAAAUCCUUUUUAUAUUACAUAAAAUUAUUCAGCAUAUAUGAAAAUGACUGCAGUAAAAAUGAGAAUCAUCACAUAAAUGUGAACUUCUAUUCUUAAUUGUCAUGAAAAUAAUUUUUAAAAUAAUUUUCCCAAAAUAGGCUUUAAAUUUGUAUGCAAAAUUAUAAUUUCCAUUUGAUAUUAGGGUAAAAUAUAGCCUGGAUUUUUAUUUUUAUUUAUAUUUUUUAUUAGAUUCACUUACAGUAAGUUACUGAUGGGCCUAACAGCAUUGCACCUGCUAACCAUUUGAGCUGUUACAGCUUUACCUUCUUAUAUUAUUAUGUAACUCCCACUGCCGUUUUAACACUCAUUAUAAACAUUUUUUCAUGACUAUUAUAUUAGCUUUCUAAACUCCAGAUUCUAACUGUAUCAGCACUAAACUGUUGAAUUCAGUAUUUGUACACGGCAUGAAACCCAUUACCAGCUCAGCCAUUUUGCAGUGCCUCUUCUUAACUGCACUAGACAAAGCACAGACUUAUAUAUGGCAUUUAUACAAUGGACGUAGUGUCUGUUUAACACUAUAACCCACACAUUAAGAUCUGCCCAGUGGAGUAGUGUAUUUAUGUAUUUUAUUUGAUUUGUUUAUACAAAACAAGAUUUUUCUACUGCCCUUUAUACAUUGAUAAAUUUAUACUAUUUUGUACACUUUGGCCGGUCUUGUUUAGCAAAGUAUAUCUGACUAAUCUUGUGUGUUGCUAGCACUUACAGCGGUUUGGGUUGAGUGUUUAUACUA